AUGGUGUUAAUAUCUGAUGAAUAUUAUCACGAUCCUGGUGCAGUACUUAAAGAAGUUAAACAAAGUGAUCCUGAUCUUAUCAUAUCUUCACGUUGUACAGAAAUUUUCGGAGAUUCAGAAACGACUGCUGCUUUUUACUAUUCACGAGACACAUUACAAUCAUUCUCAUUCGAACAAAAUCCACAGCUUACAAAGAUUGGUUCAUAUUCAUUUUAUAAAUGUACCAAAUUAACGAGUAUUGAUUUAUCAUCAUGCACAAAACUCAUCACAAUUGGUGAAAAAGCAUUUUGUUUGUGUUCAUCAGUUCAAAAUCUUCUUUUGCCAGAAGGUUUAAAAACAAUAUUUAAAUAUGCUUUUUCUGGACUUAAAUUAACCAGUGUUGAGAUACCAUCAACAGUCUCAAGUAUGUAUGAUCAUGCUAUUGCAGAUUCUCAAACAUUAACAUCAAUAACUUUUCGAGAAGGAUCACAACUUCUUUUUCUAGGAAAUAAUAUAUUCAUUGGAACAAAAUUAACCCAAAUUACCAUUCCACAAAAUGUUAAUUCCAUUAAUGGUGCAUUUUGUAACGGUGUGAAAACAUUAGAAAUUGUAAAAGUGCAUCAAAAUAAUAAUUAUUUCAUAGGUGACAACAGAGCAGUUUAUAACAAAGAUUACACCACUAUAUAUUUCUAUGCCGCUGGUUCAGGGACAUCUUAUACAAUUCCUAAUACUAUUAAGGCAAUUAGCUAUGCCGCAUUCAUUUCUGCCGAAUUUUCUUCGAUUAUUAUCCCUGAUUCAGUAACUUCAAUAGGUGCCUUUGCAUUUGCAGACACGAAGAAGUUAACGCAAAUAACUCUCCCAAAAUCUAUCAAAACAAUUCUUUCUGCUUGUUUUGCUGAAUCAAGUUUGACAUCAAUUACUAUUCCAGAUAACGUAAUUACAAUUAAUGAGAACGCAUUCAGAAAUUGUAAUUCUUUAACAUCUAUUGAGUUACCAGAGAAUAUUUCCUCGAUCGGAGGUGGAGCCUUCCCGAUUUCAAAUAAUUUGCAAAUAACAUUCAAAGGUGAAUCUCUUAUGUAUAUCGAUGACCAAAUGCUUCUUAUGACAAAAAACAAUUCUUAUAUUUCCAUGUUCCUGAAUUCUACUUCAACAUCUGUGACUAUUCCAAGCACAGUCAAAACGAUUAAAUCUUCUUCAUUCAAGGACAAGAAGAACCUUGUGAAAGUCCUCUGUGAUGGAACAUCUCAACUUGAGAUUAUAGAAAACUACGCAUUCCAAAACUGUAAUAGUUUGACGACAAUUCCUGACUUUCCUAACCUGAAAUCAGUUGGAAUGUAUGCAUUUUCCAAUACAAAACUAUCAUCUGCGAUAUCAUUCCCUGAAUCGUUGACUUUGUUAGAUGAAUAUUCAUUUGCAAGUGUGAAAACAUUACCAUCUGUUUCAUUUAAAUCUAAAGUAGAGAAUUUAACAAUCAAAGAUUGUUCAUUUUAUGCAUGUUCUUCAUUGACAUCUGUAUUGUUUAUUGAUUGUAGAUCAGAUAUUUACAUUGGAUCGAAAGUAUUUUUCGAAUGUACAUCACUUUCUGCUUUUAAUAUUAUUUCGAAUAUCAAAACAGUUGGUAAUAGUUGUUUCAUGAACAGUGGUUUGAACACUAUCAAUUUUGAAAACAGUGAAACAUCUUUUAACACACUUCCUUCUAUGUUCCUCAAAGGAUGUACAAACAUCGAAGAGAUUAUCAUUCCAACGAAUAUCGAAAUCAUAGGUAAUGAAUGUUUCAGUGAAACAUCUAUAUCUUAUAUAAGUAUUCCAGAUAGUGUUACAACACUUUCAACACAGUGUUUCAGUGGAUGUUCACAACUUGAUCAUGUUGACAUCUCUUCAACAUCAGGCCUCACUACUAUCAUGGGUUCUAUCUUUGAAGGUUGCACAUCAUUGUCAUACAUCAGUGAUUUUCGCAGUUCUAAGUUUGUUUGUGUUAACAGCACUAUCUACGACGUCGGUUUCAGUUAA